AUGGCUCCUGGCGCAUCAGAUCCACGAGCUGAUGCCGACUUGGUUGGAUCUCUUUCUACUCAUUCUACUACUGAAGGCUCACGAGCGCCCUUGCAAUCACAUACAACUACUUCACCUAGGCCGCACACGUCUGGGGAAACCUUCGCGCAUUCAAGUGCUGAUUUUCGCCCUUAUGCCGGUAUUUUGGCUGAAUCACAGUCUGUCCGUUCAGCAACUCCCUAUGAGAAUGUUACAGGUCGACUCGCUGAACGAGAAGCUGGAUAUCUGGCAAGCAGCCGCACAACUCCUAUCGAACCGUCCAUUAGGGCGCUGACUAUGCAUCAACCGAGUCGCCGGACAGCUAGACCACAGAGAGGCCAUCCACUGACUCGACGCACAGAAGCUGCGGCAAGCUCCCUACCGGAUACAGACGAGGCACCGCCAAGAGAGCCGACAGAUAGGACAACACGUGUGAGCGGUUCGCGAGAUGGGCAGGAAGGAAACGCCAGUCGAAGCGCGUUCUCAUGGGUCAACACACGACGCCAUGCUAUUGAGACUGACUUGAAUCAUGCCAGAGCUGAUUCUUAUGAAAGCAAUCGACGGGCCUCUAACUUACAGACACCACUUUCUGACUCAGCAGUCCCGGCGCACCGCUCUCUAACCGCUCGUGAAUAUGAAAGUGGGCCCCCCAAGAUUUGUUUCAAGACAUUCUUCGCCACUGGUCGCGGAAGAGAAGCUCGCGAAAGCGAAGUUGUAUAUCACUAUCUGGAAAGAAUCAAAUCACACCACAAUAGGGAGGUGCCCUCUCAGCAUGCUCGAAUGAGACACGCCUAUGACAGCCUGGACAACUGGGAUUUACUGCGACAAGUGGUGGGACGAGCCGGUGCUGAGGUGCUGGCACUUGUCUCACCAGAAUAUCAGUUCUACGAUAGUGAUCUGCCUUCAAGCUGGCGGAGCGAUGUCAAAGCAACCUGGCGGUUCCUCCAUCAACACUAUGGCUUUCUCGGUCAUGGCACUUUCAUGACUGAGACGCUGAUUCUCCUUGAUCCAAAAUGCAACCUCAGGGAAUUCAAGCGCAUCAUCCAGGCCACUAUCCACUUCGAACCUGUCCUGGAUACAAUAUUAUCUAAUCACAAUCACAGCACCGAAACGACGGCGCCUGCCCAUCAUCCAAGCUAUUGGCGCGCGAGUCCUGAACUGGCGAACAAAAGUCGACAUGAGGCUAUUCUACAUAUCGAGAACAUAGCGCACUUGCAAGAGCUGCUCCACUUGCGAGGGAUUUUGGGCACUGCUAAUUCGUGGUCAACGAGCAUUCAAUCCAACUACUACUGCCCAUCCGAGGUGUUUCGCAAUGCUCCACAGAUCAGGACGGCGGAUGAUGUUGUCCAGUGGGGCGAAUUUGCCAUGUCCUUUGUCGAAGCCUCUCUUUCAUGUACGCUACCGCGGCUGCUGAGAUUUUCCCCCGACCAGAUCGGCUUGAACCGUUUUCUGCGUGGGAGGGGUCGUGGUACCGAAGCGUUGUAUGACGGACAUGUCAGGCUCACCCGGAUGUUUCACGGUUUGUCUGGCGGUGGUGCCCAUCCUCCUUAG